AUGGGGAACUCUAUCACACAAAGCAUCAAGGAGCAACAAGAAAAGAAUGAGUUAGAAGUGACGGAAACUCUUCAAAUGAUGCAUAGGAUGAUGGAAAAUAGGAUUGCUGCUGCAUCUUCUCAGGUAGGCGCGAAAAAUGGGUAUCAUCGGACCAUCCGAACUAGAACUCGGAGGGUCGUGAGUUCGACUCUCACAUGGAACUCGGAAUUUUUUCUGAGCUUUCUGGUGUUUGACUUCUCCUUUUUCCGGCCCAAAUUUGAUGCAAACUACAGUUCCACUUUUUGAUUAUGCCAGUAGAACAAGUCUUGGGGUGCGUGCGACCCCUUGAAUGAAAGCUAUUGGGCAGUAUUUUCUUAUAGUAUUGGGCCAGGUUCUUGGAAGGCCGAUUAGCAUUAAUCCAGGGUUAAAAUUUGUUCUGUUUUAGUAUUUUACCUUCCUAUGUAUUGCUAAGAGUAACAUUUUCUGUUAUAAUUACUGUGUUUUAGAGUUAACGCUCAACAGUGAAAGCACGAGUUGCCAGUUCUUAGACAAGAAAACCUUCCUUAAAAACUUCACUUAAUCGUGGGUUAAACUUAACCAUCUUUGGAGGAACCAGGCCCUGUUUAUAAAGUGUGAAGGUUCAAACAAAUUUUUCAACAAGUGUUUUCCGGCCUAAGCUGCAAUUGUUAAUUACAAGCCGAGGUGUUCUGCUUGAGCUUUCCAGCCUGUGACUUGAAUUUCUAAAAUAGUGUGGGGCUGUAUCAUCCAUUGUGCUGCACAAUGCCUUUUUGAGUCUGUAGAUUUAAUUCUGUAAAUUUUACCGUUCAAAUGAUUGCUACAAGCCUUAAUGUCUUGCUUUGGUACAGUUCUAAGCCUCCUGCGCGGGCAACUCCUAUUGUAACAGUUACUCCCCGUUCUCUCCCCAUUCUCCCACUCGUUCUUUAAAACAGGACAGUUUCGACAGUGAAGCCUGCGGAGGAGGCUAGUACUGUUCAUUACCUCCUAGCUUGCAUGACCGUGGCGUUCUUCAAUAUUUUCCACAGGGGAAUUUCAUGAGACUGCCGAAAUGUAAAUAAGGUGGCUAUUACCGUACAGUGCUGAUUUUAUCAAAAAAGACAUGUGCGAUGUUUUGGUGUUACUUUAAAAAGACCCUAAAACUGACAUUGGUCCCUACGGCCGGGAGGCCCCGCCCGAAAGGGGCGGGGAUUUCUUUUGUUGAAGUAUAUGAAAUGGUAGGGGAAUCUGUCAUUUCGGUCUGCAAAAAUAAGGCCCAAUAGGGCUAACUAUGAGAUGCAUACCUGUGAUAAGGUCGAGAAAACAUUCUAAUUUAUUCACAUUUAAAGACGGUGCAUUCACAGCAGUUAAAAGGGAAGCAAAAGUCUAAACUAGGUCAGUGUAAAAGGGGUACCACUUGUCAAAAGAAGGUAUACGAAAGGAGUAUCUUUUCUGUUAAAAAAAAUGGUCAAGAGCCCAUGGGUUCCUUAAAUGGUACAUAAAAUUAUAAAGGGUUGGACCUCAGGGAGGAGCCUCCACGUAUAAACCUUUGUAAAGUACCCUCGGGCUUCUCUCUCUCUCUCUGACAUCGCCUUUCUUUAAGUUCUCUUUGCUCAGUUUUUCCUUAUAUUGUCCUGUCUCAUCUCAUCUUGGAUUCUUGCUGCUUUCUUUUUCUGUUGAUUAGAUGGAGAACGAAGCCAUAGAAGACAAGACUUUGCCAAUAGUAGCAAUAGUGGACAAAUCAAUGAAAUACUUGAUAAAGGUUUCCAGCAAAACAAGCGACGAGGUGUCAAACGCCAUCGAUGAAAUCUUAAGCGGCGAUUUCCUUGCCGGCCUCAAGAGUGUCAUUAAAGUUGGUCUGGAUGCGAUGCUUGGAAAUGUGUCAGCCGGGAUAACGGAGAAGCGAGACUUCCACGUGGUGUUCGCCAACAACAGCCUUUUGCGAAUCGACUACAUGUGUUACAAAAACGAAUUUAGCUCCACAGGGAUCAAAGACGAGGUUAAGAACGCUUUCUGCUACUAUCUGCAAGUUGGCGUCCUGGAUUUAGAGAAAGUAAACCCACAGAUUCUGCUGUACGAGCUCACGAGGGCCAUCGGCGAGUCCAUGCUUCCUCAGGCGGCCAAACAUCUACAGGGUCUUGCUACGUUUGCCAAAGAUCUUUACAAGGUGCUCAACGACCUCGACAGGGCCGCAGUUGGAUCGCUAGAGGGCGCACCGUCCAAACCAAACACGUACACUUUCAGCACCAAGGAGAAACAAGAGAUAAAGAAGAAAGCCCUUUUGGCCCGUUACCACAAUCACAAGCAUACACCAUUCUUUAAACGACCACCGCCGAGUCGACCAUCAUCUCCAUCGCCACCCGGACCUGGGCAAGGUCAAGGUCAGGGUCAGGGACAAGGGCAAGGACAAGGUCAAGGGCAAGGACAAGGACAAGGCCAAGGCCAAGGCCAAGGACAAGGACAAGGACCAGGACAAGGACAAGGUCAAGGU